AUGUCUACCAAGAUCUUCUCGCUUUUCAUUGCUGCUUUGAUUGUUGUCGGGCAAACUGAGGCCUACUACCUCGCGUACAGCGCCUACGGAUAUCCAUCAGUUUAUGGAGCUCCCGUUGUCGCUUCUCCUUACGCCUAUGCCUAUGCCCCAGCCGCUUACGCUUUGUGGGGAUCAAAUAAAGGAAAAGCAAUGGAUGGAGAGAAAGCCCCAGAACAACCACCAACUUCUGGACUUACGAACAAUCGACAA